GGUGGGGCUGGGCGCCUCCUCAGCGUGGGGUUUCGCGGGCGGACUGGGGCCGAUCUCCUCCGGGGAGGCCUGGCCCGGCGAGCAAGGCCUCGGGCUCCCCCAGCCCUAUGACCGCCUCUUGGGGUGUUUCUGCCGAGUGCGGGGCAGGGAUAACGCGCUCCCAGGCUCGGGCAGAAGGUGUUGGGUCUUCAGCCCCCGGCCCAGCGCCGCUGCCCCCUGCCCUCUUCGGGACCGCCUUGCCCACGGCGGUGAGGAGAGAUCUGUGGCGCCGCUGUAAUUCAGCAGCUCCGUAACGCUACGGUGCAAAAAUGAUCAUCCCAGUCAGAUGUUUCACGUGCGGCAAAAUAGUUGGAAACAAGUGGGAAGCCUAUCUUGGCCUUCUGCAAGCAGAAUACACAGAAGGAGAUGCCCUGGAUGCCCUUGGUUUGAAGAGAUACUGCUGCCGCAGAAUGCUCCUGGCUCACGUGGAUCUGAUUGAGAAGCUUUUGAAUUAUGCACCCCUGGAGAAAUGAGAUGAAAAAAGUACUGUGCUGCAAGUCAUGUGGAACGUCUCUCUAAUUCUAGACUUGAAACUGGACUUCAGGCAGUAAAGAAUGAAAACCACCUGUAGUGCAACCGUUGAGAGAUGUUUACCUUCUGGAGAAAAUACUGCCCCAAGCCACUAACCUCUUUCAAGGAAAUAAAGAAAAAACGAAGUCCACUCAACCAAGAUUUGGAGAUUAAAUUAAAAGUUUGGAUGCUUCUUUUUAAAUCUGUAUUUGAAGGUAUUUUAUGAACUUUUACAUGUUUCUGCCAACAAAAGUAAAUGUUUGUUCAUGUAGAAAAAUAAUUAUAUUUCAUAAAAAAUUUUAAAUAAAGGCAGCCUUUCCCUGCA